AUGUCAACCAUUGAUAGAAAACCGUGGACACCACAAGAAGACGACGCAAUUCGCGAACUUGUAAUCAACAUGGGUAUAAAAAAAUGAAGCCAAGUGUCAGCCAUGCUUCAAUCAAAGUACAAUAUUCAAAACAAGACAGGAAAGCAGUGCCGGGAAAGAUGGAAUAAUCACUUGAAUCCAGCCAUCAGCAAAGACCCUUGGUCUGAUAAGGAGGACGAAAUCAUCGUCGACUUCCAAAAAAAAUACGGAAAUUGCUGGUCAGAAAUGGCAAAAGUCCUUCCGGGUCGGACAGAAAAUGCAAUUAAAAAUCGUUUUUAUAGCAAACUUAGAAAGUGCUUAAGAAGCUACAAUAAGAACCGUCCAAAAGGUAUGAAAAUCACUGCAUCAAUAAAGACGAUCCUUAAGGACCAGUAUACCGUUGAAAUUCUUCUUUCCCAUGGCGAAGGGCAAAUUCAAAGUUGCUUAGCUGAGAAAACUGGACCAGAUAUUGAAAAAAUGUCCAAUAAAAUUUCUCAAAAAAUAGCAAUACAACCGAAAAAUCUGUCUAAUAGUGAAAAUUUAGAAGAAGUUAAAGAAGAUACAGCCAGUAAAAUAGUUGAGAAGAGCCAGUCUUCUCAAGCCGUCCAAAUAGGGAAUUAUUACUCGUUCCCAAGCUCAUACAUUGUUACCCCAAAUGCGCCUGACAUGCUUUAUAUGAAUUAUCAGCAGCAAAACUGAUAUAAUUAUCAAAGGGCAAUUUGGGCAAGCUACAUAACCUCACCAUCCAUUAAUCAAUUAUACAAUACUUCUGGGCAGAUCUAA